AUGGGAAACGGAAACUCUAGGGAGGCUAAGGAAUCGCGACGGUCAAGGCUGCGGCAGAAGCUACAGAAGUUUCGUCAUAUACGUAGCCGUUGCUCCCGGAACGCGGCCGGAAUGGGGAUUCAAAGAGCUGUGACCGUAGAAGAUUUCUCCGGCAUUGCUCUUCUCACUCUCAUUGGCGCGGAUAUGAAGUUUAAAGACAAGUGGCUCGCUUGUGUUUCGUUCGGGGAACAAACAUUCAGAACGGAAAUCUCAGAUACUACGGAGAAGCCAACUUGGAACUCGGAAAAGAAGCUUCUCUUGGAGAAGAAUGGACCAAGUCUCGCUAGGGUCUCUGUUUUCGAGACCAAUAAGCUCUCAAGUAACAAACUCGUCGGCUAUUGCGAGCUUGAUAUAUUUGAUUUUAUAGUGCAGGAACCUGAGCUGGCUUGUAAGUCAUUUGACUUGUUAGAUCCUGCAUCAUCAUCCAAAGUUGUUGGCAGCAUAUUCCUUUCAUGCGCUAUUGAGGAUCCUGUUGAAACAGAGAAGCGGUUUGCAAAACGUAUCUUGUCCGUAGUGGACUACAAUGAAGAUGGACAACUCUCGUUUUCGGAGUUCUCUGAUUUAAUACGUGCUUUUGGAAAUUUAGUAGCUGCUAACAAGAAAGAGGAGUUGUUUAGAGCUGCUGAUCUGAAUGGGGACGGUGUUGUGACCAUUGACGAAUUAGCUUCGCUUCUUGCUCUUCAACAAGAAAAGGAGCCAAUUAUAAAUAACUGUCCGGUGUGUGGUGAGGCGCUUCAAGUAUCUGACAAGCUCAACGCUAUGAUUCAUAUGACUCUCUGUUUUGACGAAGGAACCGGUAAUCAAAAGAUGACCGGAGGGUUUUUGACUGAUAGACAAGCUUCUUAUGGAUGGAUGUUCAAACUAAGUGAAUGGACACACUUAUCAACAUAUGACGUUGGUUUGAAUACUGGCUCAAGUGCUUCACAUAUUGUGGUGAUUGACCGGAAGACUAAGAGACUUGUGGAAGAGUUAAUUGAUUCAAAGAUUGUUCUGUCCAUGAGAGCUAUUUACCAGUCUAAAAUUGGGCUUCGACUUAUGGAUCAAGGGGCAAAGGAGAUUCUGCAGAGACUUUCUGAGAAGCAGGGGAAGAAAAUGAACUCAGCUGAAUCCGCCCAAAAAAUUCCCAGCUUUCUCGAGUUCUUUAAGGAUCAAAUAAACAUGGCUGAAGUCAAGUAUCCUCUGCAGCAUUUUAAGACUUUUAACGAGUUCUUCAUCCGGGAACUGAAACUUGGUGCAAGACCAAUUGCUAGCAGGAAUCGUGAUGAUGUUGCUGUAUGUGGUGCUGAUUGUCGUUUAAUGGCGUUUCAAUCUGUUGAGGAUAGCACAAGAUUCUGGAUCAAGGGCCGGAAGUUUUCAAUUAGAGGCCUCCUUGGGAAGAGUGUGAAUCCAAAUGCCUUCCUUGAUGGAUCUUUGGUGAUAUUCAGACUUGCACCACAGGAUUAUCAUCGCUUUCAUGUCCCUGUCUCUGGAGUCAUUGAGAAGUUUGAGGAUGUCUCUGGAAGCUUAUAUACGGUUAAUCCUAUAGCGGUAAAUAGCAAGUACUGUAAUGUAUUCACGGAAAAUAAACGGACCGUGGCUAUUAUAUCAACACUAGAGUUUGGAAAGGUUGCUUUUGUUGCAAUCGGUGCAACAAUGGUUGGUAGUAUCAAUUUUGUCAGAAAAGAAGGAGACCAUGUGAAGAAAGGAGACGAACUUGGUUAUUUUUCCUUUGGUGGAAGCACUGUUAUAUGCGUCUUUGAAAAGGACUCGAUCCGGAUUGAUGAGGAUCUUUUGGCUAACAGUGGUAGGUCCUUAGAGACAUUAGUUAGUGUUGGAAUGCAACUAGGUGUCUCCACAAGGACAUAA